UAGUCUGUGUCUUUGGGAGACAAAAAUGCGUAAAUGUCACUAUUGUGUCAAACGGCCAUGUUUGUUUAUUAUUGACCAAAAAAGUAAUGUAAAGUUUGCCGGAUUUUUUCCGAUUUUUCAGCCGGGGGGCCGUUUUUGCUCGAUAUAAUGUCAUGGAGGGUCGCUGCCGUCUGUGCGCCGAGUUCGGCACCGAUCAUCUAAACAGUCUCGAUGAUCUCGAUCUCAUUUUACGCAUUUUUCAACUCUUUCAAGUCCGAAUCACCUCCGAGGACAAACUCCCAACAACAAUCUGCCAAUUAUGCGCCGAAACGGUGAAACAAACAUGGGAGUUCAAUCAACACAUCCAGAAAUCGCAAGAGAUCCUCCAGGACAUCGUCAACACAGAACUGCAAGCAGCCCACCAGGAGAGCAAGCUCGAUUUCACGCUCACGCUCGAAGAAAGCAAACUGAACGUGGUCGAAGUGACCACAUCUUCAGCCGUUAAAACGGAAGAUAUCGUACUUAAGCCUUCACCAAAAGUCAAAAAAACCGGCCGUAAAAAAGAAAGUGACUCCGAGUUGAGUGACGUGGAGCUGAACGACGACGGCACCGUAACCCCCAAGGCCGAGCUCCUCGGUUGGCACUCCUAUCCUUGGGCUUGCUGCGACUGCCAGCACACCUUCACCAACUCGGAGGACCUCCGGGAGCACCACGCCACCGUCCACGGGCAAGCCCCCACGUAUCCUUGCGCCGACUGUCCGAAAAUUUACACAAAAUACAGCACUUUCCUCACGCACGUGCGCGUCCACCGCGUCAAACUGCGCUUCUGUUGCGAUAUUUGCGCCAAGUGGUUCCCCACAGUCCUGGCCCAGAAGAAGCACAGGAACGAGCACGGCGAUGAGCGCCCCCAUGCGUGCACCACGUGUGGCAAACGCUUCCGCAUGCAAUCCGCCCUCAUGGUGCACGCGAGGUCGCAUCUGCCCGCUGAAUUAAAAAACAAGCACCAAUGCGACCAGUGCCCCAAGAAAUUCGGGACGAAACCCAACCUCAUGGCUCAUAAGAGAAUCCAUGCGGGGGUGCGGGACUACACGUGUGACCAAUGCGGGAAAAGCUUCGUCCAGAAAGGGAAUCUGGACAACCACCUUUUAACACAUACAGCCGCCAGGCCGUUUGCCUGUUCAACCUGUGGUAAAGCCUUCAAGACUUUGGUCCGGCUCAGGAAGCACGGAUCGGUUCAUUCGGGGCUGAAGCCCCACCAGUGUGAUGUUUGCGGGCGGCAGUUCCGCGAAAGGGGCACUCUGAAGGAGCACCACCGGAUUCACACAGGGGCUAUGCCCUUCACGUGCGAGUUCUGCGGCAAGAGUUUUCGGUUUAAGGGGGUUUUGACCACGCAUAGGAGACAGCAUACGGGGGAAAGGCCCUACUCAUGCCACGAAUGUCAACACCAUUUCACCAAUUGGCCCAAUUAUAACAAACAUAUGAAGAGACGGCAUGGAAUUAACACUAGUGUGACUGUGAGAAAACCGCAGAGUAUACCACCGACAGGGAUGCCUCAUAGGAAUCCCCCUGGGACUGUCCUAGCGCCCCCACAACCCAUUACGAUAACUGAAAGUUUUGUCGAAACGCCGGCCUCGUUUUACCCCGUUUUAAGUUUGUAUAAUCUCCCAGAAGAAUUGUUACAACAGAGAGUGUGAGAGAAAUUUAGAGAUAGGCGUAGCAGUAUUAUUUGAUUGGUAUUAAUUAAUAGAAGGCUCCAAAAAACAGUUUAUCUUCAAGCGGUCGAAAAUUAGAAUGAAAAAAGCGAAAAAACGACACAAUAAAAUUAUUAGCCAUUAUUUAACCGGUGCCACUGUGGUGUAACACAUUGUACAUCGGUGAAAAUUUUCAAAAUCAAAAAUAGAAAUAUGGCCAUUAAACGUACAAAAGUAAACAGUAAAUUUUCGCUUCAAGUGAUCCGCUUGAAGAUAAAAUAGUAGGUACGUAUGUGUCAUUAACAGUAGGUGUUUUUGGGCUUCGCCCCGUUGCCAGGGUCGGCCUCCAGUCUUUAGGCUUGGCAUAAUAAGAAUCACUUCUACCCUUAAUGAAAAAUCUACUAUUUUUAGAUAGAAAAACAGUGAUAUUUAGCCUCUCUCUGUGGACCAGUGAAGUCCAAGUAUUGAUCUAAUAGAUUCUGAAUCGCGUAAUCAUUACAGAAAUUAUUUGCGUCGUACAUUAAUUUUAAUUUUACGUUUUAUUUAUUUUUACAAUAUUUCUUUAAAAUACAUGUACAAACAUAAUAAAAAAUAUUACGUGUC